AUUUAUUUUUUCCUUGCCUUUCUAAUUUUAAGUUUGAAUUCUAUUCUGUAUACAAACGUUUCCAUAGAAGUGUAUCGAUGGCCGUCAUUUGUGUUCUUCUUCAGGCAUACGGGAAAGAUGGACCUGCGAUCAAGGGACCCGAGAGGAUUGGACCCAGAGCCCGGGAAGCUGAUUAAAUUUUUUUAUUGUACACAUUAGCAAGCCUAAAAUAAUAUCUCACAUAACGAAAAAGUGAGACCGGCUUUUUCAUUCGGAUUAUGCGACAAAUAUAAAAUACAAGACAAAGCUUUUUAAAUGUAUUUUUAAAUUCAUUUCACCAUAUAAACUAGUCCUGGGUAACAUUUUUCCCGUACCCUUCAUCGUGGUGGAACAAAUAAAUUUUCCUGUACCAGUGUAACUUAAAACUAAAACUGGCGAUUGGACAAGGAGGCUUUUUGUGAGCGAGGAUGGCUUUGGAUCCAUCUUCUAAGCUAUAAGUUCUUUCGUAUAUAAUUUUCAAAUAUUUUUUGUAAAGAAAAGAAAUUGUGUAUUCUCUCUACAAAUUUGUUCAAUAAUGUCUUUGCGAUGUAAUUCUUUCGAGCACAUGAAUUAAAUGCUUGUGUUUUAUUAAAAAUUUAGAAGUUUGACCUGCAAAUGAGUUUUUAGUUCCCUUUCCUUAUGAAAGUCGUUUUUUCUUAUAGUUUUGUCUUUGCUUGAACAGAUUGUAUAGUAAUGACUUUAAAAUAGUUACUUAAUAGUUCUUUAUAGCGUUGAACAUAUGUAUUUUAUUUACUUCCAUAUUUCCAGACUCUACUCUGGACGAGGGCUUAAAAAGUCCUUGUUUUUGUUAAAGUUACAGGAGAAAUCUAUGUUAUAAAGUUAGUCGUAUGUCUGUCUGUCUGUCUGUCUGUAUGUCUAUCUGUCUGUAAACAGAAAUUAUAGCUGUGAGUAGCGAAGGGCGAAUUUCCGUAAAUUUUCCAUGGCUCAAUAUCUAAUAGAUACAGAAUACGACAAAAUGUUAGUUUAUAUUUUUAUAUUCUUACACAAACAAUUCAGGUGAAUCACUUUGAAGAUGGCAAUAACAGCAGCCAUGAUGCGACGAAAUUACAUGAAGGGAAAAAUCAAUGAAAAACUAACUGAAGAACAAGUUCAAGAAUACCAAGAUGCGUUUCAGAUGUUUGAUAAAGAUGGAAAUGGUUAUAUCACAACAAGAGAAUUGAAAUCGCUAAUGAGAUGUCUUGGUUGUAAUCCCACUGAUUCAGAACUUCAACAAAUUGUUAAUGAAGUGGAUGCUGACGGAAAUGGAAAGAUUGAUCUUCCUGAAUUUAUAAACCUAAUGGAGAAGAUGGCCAAACCUACAGAGGAACAUGCUAGCACUAUUGAAGCUUAUCGAGUGUUUGAUGGAGAAGGAGCUGGUCACAUUCAAAGUAAAAUUAUUAGGGAGAUCAUUAUAAAAUCACUGGAUCAAGUACCAGUAAGCGAGAUUAAUGAUUUGCUCGAUUGUUCAGGAUUAUUACAAGAUAGAAAUAUAUAUUACGAUGAGUUUGCAAAGCUCGUCACACCGAAAGGUUUUUACAACCUGUCUGUUCAAAAGCUUCAUGAUUUUACGCACGGCAACACAAGUUCGCAAGUUUCGUCAUUCGAAUCCGAGGAGAAUUGAAAACUGGGGUUAUUGGAUACCUAUUUUUAUACGCUCUUAAAAAAAAUGUUGGAUAAUCUGAGAGAAAUUUCUUUAGUAAAUUACUCUUGAAAUAAAUAAAAUUGUUAAUGCG